CGAAACGUCUGACGGUUCUGAAAGGUUUUUUUCCCGAAAGCAAGCUGCGUACAAUUGUGUUCUUAUUUCCGAACCAUUUUUAUCCACAAUCACCAAAAUAAAAGUAUUUUACCUAGCUGAUUUGACGCAAUUAGACGCGGUGAAAGUUUUAAAGUGUGUGCCCAUUCUUGAACUCUGCAACCGUAUGUGAAUAACGAAAAAAUAAGAAAUUAACCAAGGGACGCAAGAAGCGCGUCAAUUUUGUACCGAAAGACGAAUCGUUGCGUUGUGCUGUGUAUUGCAAAAUUUCAACCGAAUCGUCUGUGCACUUUGUAUUGUAGCGGCAAAAGAAAGCAGUAGGUUUACGCAUCGAAUGGUCAAAAAUGGCCCACGGUGUGAAAAAGAAUCGAAUGUAGUCGUAUUCGCAGUGGUUUGCUUCGCUUGGAAAGCAACCGUAGAGAGGGACCCGAAUUGGGCUGAAAGCAUAGUGCAGAUAAAACAAAGAGUUUGACAACAUCCGGUAGCGGUUCGUUUCGUUCUUUCCGGUUUAAACCAUCCCGAACGUACUUGCGCGGUUAACGGUAUGGGCGAUAUAACGUACCCGGCGGGAUGCCGGCCAAUUAAUGAAGAUCUCGGCCAGGACGAGCUGAUCCGCCGGCUGAAGACGCUUACCCACACACUGCAAGCGAUGGGUCAGGAUGAGGACGGUAUGUACACACAGUACAUUCCGCUGGCCGUCCAUCUGGCGGACGAUUUCUUCCUGCAGCAUCCGUCGCGGGAUGUUCAACUGUUGAUUGCUUGCUGCAUAGCGGAUGUGUUGCGUGUGUACGCACCGGAAGCACCGUACAAGGAUCAGGACCAAAUCAAAGGUAUAUUCAUGUUCCUGAUCCGGCAGCUGAAUGGUUUGCGCGAUCCGAAAGACCCAGCGUUCAAGCGGUACUUCUAUCUGCUCGAGAAUCUGGCGUACGUAAAAUCGUUCAACAUGUGCUUCGAGCUGGAGGACUGCCAGGAGGUGUUCUGUACGCUGUUUAGCUUAAUGUUCAAAAUUGUCAAUGACGAACACAGCCCGAAAGUAAAAUCAUUCAUGCUGGAUGUGCUGGCACCGCUCAUUACCGAAUCCGAUUCGGUUUCGUACGAUCUACUCGAUCUGAUCUACAUCAACAUCGUCGAACCGCUGCGGACACAGAAACGAAAUGCCUACGUGCUGGCAAAGGAGCUCAUUAUGAAGACAUCCCACUGGCUGGAAGCUUACACGCAAGCCUUCUUUAAUCAGAUUUUGAUACUGGACAAAAAUGAAAAACAGUACCAGGUUGUGCCGAAGAUCUAUGACGUGAUCUACGAGCUGAACGUAAUCACACCAAGCAUUCUGCUGUCGGUAUUGCCGCAGCUGGAGUGUAAGCUCAAAUCGACUCACGAAGCGGAACGGCUGAAAGCCGUCUCAACAUUGGCACGCAUGUUCUCCGAACCAGGUUCCACACUCGCGCGACAAUAUGGUCCGCUGUGGAAGCAAUUUCUUGGUCGAUUUUACGACAUUGCAGUACCGAUCCGCAUCAAGUGCGUCCAGAGCACGAUGCAUUUCCUGAUCAAUCAUCCGAGCCUGCGGAAGGACAUUAUCGACACGCUGCGCAUCCGGCAGCACGAUUCGGAUGAAACCGUGCGUUACGAGGUGGUAAUGGCGAUCGUCGAAACGGCCAAGCGCGACCUGCAGAUUGUGUCCGAGUCGGAGGAUCUGCUAGAAUUCGUCAAGGAACGUACGCUCGACAAAAAGUACAAGAUACGGAAGGAAGCGAUGAAUGGACUGGCGAUGAUCUACAAAAAGUACCUCAAUGAUACGAACGUACCGUUGGCGACGAAGAGAGCCGUUAACUGGAUAAAGGAUAAAAUUCUGCACGGCUACUACAUGACGGGAGUGGAAGAUCGGCUGCUGGUGGAGCGGCUACUAAUUACGUGCCUCGUGCCGUACCAGCUGCCGGCGGAGGAGCGUAUGAAGAAGCUGUACCAGCUGCUCGGUACGAUUGACGAUAAUGCGACGAAAGCGUUCAUAGAGCUGCAAAAGAAUCAGCUCAAGGUGCGUCGUAGUGUGGCCGAUUGGAUCAAGCUGCACCGGUUGAAGGAUCUCACGCCGAGCGUGAUGAAGGAUAUGAACGUGAAGUGUUCGAACAUUGCCAAACAGUUGCCGGAUCCGGUGAAGGCACAAGAGUUCCUGCUCAAAUUCUCUGCCCAGAUGCGCAAGGACCCGAAGCUGAUCGUCGAGAUGGAGACGAUCCUGAAGCGUGAUGUGUCGUGCAAGGAGUGCGCUGAUACGAUGGCAAUCGUGCUGAAGAAGCUUGGCCAACCGAUUAUGACCAAUACGUACUACAAUACGGUUAAAAUGUUGCUCGAACGGAUCGCCUCGGUGAUGGUGGACAAGCAGUCGAUCGGUGUGCUGAUCGAGCUGAUCCAAGAGUGCAUGAACGGUGGGAAAGAGGUGAUCGAGGAGGUAAGUCUGCCGACGGAUUCGGCCGGUGAACGAGGGCUCAAGCUGCUGACCGUGCUGGCGUACGUGUUUUCGGCCCACUUUCAACACGACGAAAUUCUUCGGCACAUGAUUGGGCUGCUGUCGUUCGACGAACCGUACGUCGCACCCUACGUGCUGAAGGCAUUCACGUACCUUGGCCGGUACAAGGCACUGAUCGAAUCGCACCCGGCUAUCCUCAAGGAGCUUGCUCCGCUGUGCAAGGAGUUUGCAAUCGCAGGUACACCGAAACAAGCGAAACAUGCAAUCCGGUGCAUGUUCGUUAAUACUCAAUCGGGUAGCGGCGUGAACGAUCCGUUAGCGUCCGCUUCGGAUCAUGCCGGCAUCGACAUCUUUCCGGACAUUGUCGAAGGCAUGAAGCAAACGUUACACCCGCAGAGUGAACACUACCGAACGGCGAUCGUCACGCUCGGUCACAUCGCUUACAAUCUGCCGGAGAAGUUUCACGUGCAGAUUAAAAACAUUAUCUCGCGCAAGAUCGUUAAGGAGCUGCUGGUCAAGGAAACGUCGGACGGGCGCACGAACGUACCGAGCAAGGAAUGGUGUGACGAGCAGGACCUGCCAGAGGAAACCCGCUGCAAGGUGGAGGGUCUAAAGACGAUGGCACGCUGGCUGCUGGGGCUGAAGAAGGAUGUUGUGUCGGCACAGAAAACGUUCCGUAUGCUGAAUGCGUUCAUCAGCAAGAAGGGCGAUCUGCUCGAGCAGGGUGGUGCGCUAUCGGCUGCCGAAAAAUCGUGGCUGCGUCUCAGUGCCGGUAAGGCGAUGUUAAAGAUCUGUGAGCAGAAGGGUGUUGGCGAUCAGUUCAUUGCCGAACAGUUUUACAAUUUGUCGCAGCUGAUGACCGAUCCAGUACCGGAGGUACGCGAUACGUUCGUCAAGAAGCUACACAAAGGCCUGAGCAAAGGUAUCCCGCACAAGUGCCUUCCGCUUGAUUUUAUGGGCUAUUAUGCGCUCGGCGGAAGAGAAUCGGAUCAAAAUUUGUUCAAUCAAAUCAAAUCUAACAUAGAAACAGAUGUAAACAGACGGCGGGAAUAUGUGAAAAACUUUACUACAGUUGAGCGUGGCAUGAGCCAGCUGCCGCACAUCCUACCAGACUAUAUGCUCGUGUUUGCAGUGACGGUACUGACGCACGAUCCGCAGUUUACACGUCCAUCGGAUCCAGCGCAGCUGCGACAAAUCGAACGAUGUCUCUGGCUCGUGCUGGAACCGCUCGUCAUGAAUAAGGAGUUCUUCUGUUUCAGCUUCUACAAAAAUCUAAUCGAGCGUAUCAAACACCACAAGGACGCGCUGAAACCGGACGACGAGGAAAUAAAUCAUAAACUGUGGGCUAUAUGUGAUGUCGCUAUGGGGCUUAUACUCACCCGGUUAACGUUUUACGAUUUGCGCGAGGCACCCGUUGAGGCACGCAUACCCUCGAUGUACUUCCAGGCACAGCCGGAAGAUUUCCAUAACACGCGCUACUACAUUCCCGAUGAUAUGUACAACCUGACGGAUAGGGGUGGCCGCAACGCUGCGCUCCCGUCCGGUUCGAAGGCUGGCGCACCAUCCGGAGCCAAAACCAAACCAACGGCUUCCUCCUCCACUUCAACAUCCUGCCCACCAUCGUCCUCAUCGGCGGUGACAAUAGCACUUACUUCGAGCUCUACAGCAUCAGUAUCGGAACGGAACAAACUUAAGACAAAAAAUAAUCGUCCCCCAGCGCAUGAUGACGACGAACAAAAUGGUGAGGACGAGGAGGAAGAUACCGGACCACCACCUUCCAAGCGAAUUCACAAAGGAAUCGAUGGUUCAAACGUGUAAAAGCAAUGGCACAGGGAGCCAACUUCAUUCGGCUUUUUUUUUUAAAUUGCUGCUGCUCAGGUUUGCGGUAAGGGAGAUUCAUUUGUGUUUAAGUUAUUUAUGUACAGUACUAUACAGUGACAAGCGAUAGCACCUUGAAGAAAAUGGACGAAGUUUUGUAAGCUUCGAUCGAAAUCUUUCGGUGCAGCGAGCUGACAACAUUUAGCUUUGGUCGAAAUCAGAAGAUAGCACUGACAUGCAUAAGGACAGGAUUCUAAGGAAAGCCCAUGUAAGGCAUGCUCAUGAAUGAUGGCCUUUUAGGACGUUAUGCCAAUGAAGGCUGAGUAUUGCCAACUAUUUCUUGAUUAAAACUACAAACUUCAGUUGAAUGCCACGUUAGUGCUAGAAGCAAGACCGCAGUCGAGGACACCAACUCUCUACAGAUACUCAAACAGCCCGGCCUUCCUUUAUAUCUACGUUUUAUUUCACGAUGCAUGCUACAAACAGAAAAGAGUUUACAUAUUGGAUCGUAGAAGGGUAAUGCAGAAGAUGAUGAAAGUUUACCGAUUUAAGUCGAAGCUUAAUGUUAACGAUCGCGAGUAUAUGAAUAAAAGAACACACGUAGCUGUAAUGACGCUAAACCAGGA